AUGGCAGAGCAGUCACAGAUCAUCAGGAUGGCAGGCGGCAUGGCCUUGGGGGCCACAGCCUUGAUGCUGGCAUCAUCGACCCUGAAGAAGUCCUUGAAAGUGUCCGCACGACGAGGAGCUUCGUCACCUUUUGAGUACCACCUGGCGGUGCAUUGCCCCGAGAUCCCAUCUGCUGCGUGGCAUUUCGUGAAAGUGCCGAAAACGGCUACGCUGCAGGAAUUGCACCAAGCUAUGCUGGUAGCGGUGAGUGAAUGCAGCCUACCAGCAGAUGUGGAGCACUUCAGCUUCUAUCCAGUGGAGCAGACGGUGGAUGGAGUGUGCUUGAAGCUCAUGGACCGCUUAACGGAGAUUGGCAGGCUGGAUCUGUUGCUUUCGGCUUUGCCGCCAGACCAUUUGCAAGUGAUUCACUUGGUUUUUGCUCGCGAAGCACCCUGUCCAACAGAUGUGCCGCAGGGUCCCAAAGCCUUUCCCAUGUGUGGAAUUUGCCUCCCGAUCCUCGGCACCAGCUACCAGUACAAGGGGCCUUACCCGAUUGUUGAGUACAACUUCGCUCAAAAUGUAUUUCCCACAAGUGGCAAGUAUCCAUACGGCUCCACUGUGCGAUGUCACGAAGGUCGCAAGCAAGCUGUCGGGGAGUUCGGCGCUGCAGUGUUCCACCAGGAUGCUGAAUACACUGAGACAAUGACGGCUGAUGCCAACAUCGUCCAAGAGCUGAUCUCAAGAGCUGCGGAUUUCCCUAAACUUUGGAACCGAGAUGUUGAGGUUGGAUUGCAGGACUUCACGGCCAAUGGGCUCUUCACCAGCAGCGAGAAGUCGGAGGAUUGGAAGACGGGUCACAGCCUCCUCCCGCGUGGCUUCAAUCAAAUCAAGGUGAAGGGCUUUGCUCCACAGAUCUUGGCCAAGACUCGCGCCUUUGUUGGGGAAUGGUCGAAGUUUGAAGCUGGCCACUUGGUCGAAGAUGUGAAUGAAUGGCUGACGGCCAUGACAGCAGAUGCCGUGGUCUCAUGUAGCAUGGGAAUGGACAUGUGCAACGUGGAACGCUUGGGUUCCAAGCAAGCGCCUCACAAGUUUGUCGAGACAUUCCGCUUUGGCUUGGGCGUGUCAAUGGGGAGCAUCACGGCACAGUCUGAGUAUGGCCUCAAGCGCUUCCUGCCCUUCUUCGAUGCCGAAGGUCAACUUCAGGAGAGGUACCAGGCCGCCAAGAAGGAGAUGCACCGACAAGUCGAAGACCUGGUGGAAGCCACACGUAGAGGUGAGUUGGGUGAGAGCUCGAUCAUUGCCACGAUGCUGAACGACCUCAGUGCGGAUGGCAAGCGGGUUCGCUACGGUGCUCUCUACGGGCAUAUCGUGAACCUAAUGAUUGCAGGCCACGAAACCACCGCAGCCACCUUGGGCUUCACGUUGCAGCUGCUGGCGGAGCAUCCUGUCUACGAAGAACGAGCCCUGGCGGAGGUGAGAGAGGUGUUGCAGGGCCGCACUGAACCCUCUGUGGACGACGUGCCCAAGCUGCAAUUUGUGGAGCAGUGCUUCCGCGAGGCACUGCGGCUCUACAGCCCAGUGACAUCCAUUACUCGCGACGUGGCAUACGACACAAUGCUGGGGGGUCAUCGAGUGUAUCAAGGGGAGAGGAUCAACCUGGUGACACGUGCCCUGCACACGAACCCGGAGUACUGGGGCGGUGAAUUUGGAGACCCGCUUUCUUUCAAUCCCGAUCGCUUCUCUCCGGAGGCUGUGAGGCAGCGACAUCCCAAUGCCUAUCAUCCCUGGGGCUUUGCCAGUCGCGCUUGCAUUGGAAGCCAGUUUGCCCUCUUCGAAGCCAAGACCUUUCUGGCCUCGAUGUUGAUCCACUUCCGUCUGCAGGGCAUUCCGGGAUACCAGAUGGUGGCCAGUUGCGAAGGUGGUGGUGCUGCACCUUCUCCAGAGAAGUUGGCCUUGCGUGUCUUCCCGAGGCCAGGUGGACCAUUGUGGUCUGAUGGCAUCAUGAAGCCACUGAUGCCUGUUCACAACCGAGCAACCGAGGAGUUGGUACAGGAUGAUGCGUGCAGUGCAUGA